UUUCUUUUCAUAGUUCUGGGAAGUGAUCUCUGAUGAACACGGUAUUGACCCCACCGGUACAUAUCAUGGAGACUCUGAUCUUCAACUUGAAAGAAUCAAUGUCUACUACAAUGAAGCCACUGGCGGCAAGUACGUCCCACGUGCUGUGCUUGUUGAUCUUGAGCCAGGUACCAUGGACUCUGUCAGAUCUGGCCCAUUUGGACAAAUCUUCAGACCAGACAACUUUGUCUUUGGACAGAGUGGAGCUGGAAACAACUGGGCUAAGGGUCAUUACACAGAAGGUGCUAAGCUUGUAGACUCUGUCCUUGAUGUUGUCCGCAAAGAAGCAGAGAGCUGCGACUGUUUACAGGGUUUCCAACUUACACAUUCCCUUGGUGGUGGUACCGGCUCUGGUAUGGGAACGCUCCUCAUUAGCAAAAUCCGUGAAGAAUACCCAGACAGAAUUAUGAACACAUUCAGCGUUGUGCCAUCUCCCAAAGUUUCAGACACUGUUGUUGAACCAUACAAUGCUACCCUAUCAGUACAUCAGCUUGUUGAAAACACAGAUGAAACAUACUGUAUUGACAAUGAAGCCCUUUAUGAUAUUUGUUUCCGUACAUUAAAGCUAACCACACCAACAUACGGUGACUUGAACCAUCUUGUAUCUGCUACCAUGAGCGGCGUCACCACUUGUUUGAGGUUCCCUGGUCAACUGAAUGCCGAUUUGCGAAAAUUGGCUGUCAACAUGGUUCCAUUCCCACGUAUGCAUUUCUUCAUGCCUGGUUUCGCACCAUUGACCAGCCGUGGUAGCCAGCAAUACCGU